GGGUGAGCCGGGCCGCAUCCGCGCGCAGGCGCACCCCGGCCGCGGGCGCCCCGCGGCGCUCGCUCUUUAAGGGAGCGGCGCAGAGAACUGACGUGUAGGGUGCGCGCGGGAGCCGCGCUGUUUGGCGGGUGGGAGCUAGCCCGGGGGUGGACCGGACUGAGCCUCCCCGAGUCUCCCCGCUGCCCCCCGCGAACAGGGGCCCUGGCGUACUGGCCGCGCGGGCAGCCCGAGCUACCCGGCAACAGUCGUUGCUAUUAUAUUGUUGAAAGGAGCGAGUUUUUAUGCUCAUGUGAGCUGGGAUCUGAGAGGGGCUUUUCUGUUCUCCUUACCAGCCGUGGUCCCUCUCUGGAAGACGGGUGGUGAUUAGCCCUCCUUCGGACUGGUUCAGCGGUUCCUGUGGAGGCUUCUCCAUCGCAGUGGACAGCAGCACCGACGCCUCUCUGCAGAGGUAGCUUCAAGAUGGAUGCUCCCAAAGAAGUUCAGCCUACAGGAGAGUUCACAUGUCAGCUAUGUAGCUUAACAGCUCCGUACACGUACUAUGGGCAGAAGCCACCAAACACGCGCUCUAUUGUGCUUUUGGAAGAAAGCUAUGUCAUGAAGGAUCCUUUCAUCCCUGACAAGGACAAAUUCCUCAUCCUUGGGUCUCAUUGCAGUUUGUGUAGCAGAUCAGUGUGUGUUGGUACAGAAUGUAGCCUGUUCUACUCCAAAAGGUUCUGCCUUCCUUGUGUGAAUGAAAACCUAAAAGCCUUUCCUUUGGAAAUACAAGAAGAUAUGGAUAAAAGGAAGCCCCAACAAAAAUCCUUCUGCAAAAAAACGGAUACAAGAACAUAAAUACUGAAGGACCAAGAGAGACAUUUUUUUGGCCAGGGUUUCUACUCUCUGCUUUUGGAGACUAUCAUGUUGCUCCUUUUAAAGAAAUGACCUUCAUCAGCUCACUACUACAGAACACAGUAACGCAUUUCCUUACAAUUGGCUUGGCUUCAAACAUCGUCAUGCAGCGACUGCAGUGCCAGCAGUAUGGCCUGAAGGUGUUGAAGAGCCAGAAAGAAAGGCAGACAAGCCUGUUGACACCAAGUAAAGCGCAUGUAGUAAAAAACUGAACAGUGUAUAGCAUAGGAACCAUGUCCCAAUUUUCACAUAUGUUAGUUUAAUGUUUUGUGGUGUUCUUGACACUCAUACAGUGUUAUGAAAAUCUGGGACAGAUUUAUCUGGCUUGAUUCAAUAUACAUCCAAGAAAGUCAGUAUACACCAAUUGUUAACCUGACAGAGCUGUCCUGAUAAGAUUAGUAGGCAUGGAAUUCAAAGCUUUAUUUUUAAGUCUAAAAUAAAAUAGUUACAAGAAAAUGCCACAGAUACCCAUAGGAAUACCUAGAUUCUUCAAGAUUAGAAUAUCAAUACUGUCACAGCAUUAGACUUCUGAAAGUAGGUGCUCUUGUAAUACAAUACCAAUAUAAUAAUAAAAGAAAAGAAAGAUACAAGUUACUUGCAGUUGCAGUAAUUUUCCCCUCAAUCUUCUAAGCCCAUAGAAAUACAGCAACAGGAGAGGAUCCUUAAUAUACCUGGUUUAUACUUUACAAAUAAAGAUGACUUCCUUUUCACUGUCACAUCAGUUAUUCUGGAAAUAGAAAAGUUCAGCUAAUAAGUUUAAUUAUUUUCUGAAUUGGGCAGUUAAACUGCAGCUAGAAUAGAGGUUUCAGUCUGUUGGGAAAACAGCAGUUUGUUUAGCUCAAAAAUUAGGUUCACAAUUAUCUGUGCUGAGUUUGUCUUAAUUAAUUACAAGGAAGAUUUAGGUGGCAUUUAUGUAAAAACUUCUUAGUCCCACACCUUAAGGAUAUGUCUAGAAUGCUCCCUAACCAUGAAAUCAUGUAUUUACUCAAGCUUUUGUUGGUCAUUGGUUCAGAACCUGUUAAUGCCUUGGUUAACAUCUCUUUGCUCAACUCUUCCAUCCCUAUCAUUUGUCAUAUGUCAGCAUCUAAACUUGGUCAUUUUAGUAGAACAAACUGUGUGUCCGUUAAAAGAAAUCAACAUUAUUUCAAUGAGUUAUUUUUAGAUCUUUAAGCCAUUUGAGUGUCCUAAAAUCAUCUUGAUUUCUGAACCUAGUAUAUUGGUGUCUCCUGUUGAGGACUGGAAUUUCUUGCAGUUACUAGAGGAGCAGUAAUGUACUUAUUCAUACCCUUUUCAGGCUCUAGGUGCUUUAAGACAUAAAAUACAUAUACAUCUUUAAUUGUGGGGAAAAAGAUACAUGUUAGAAGUCAAUAUUUCAGCUUUCUUUUUGCAGUAACAGGAGCCUAUUCUUUUAGAGAAAGCGAUAUUAAAUUUACAUAAAAUGGGAAAUUUCAGUUUCGUGUUAGCCACACCAACUUUAAAAGCUGUAGUGUACCUGUAUGAGUAACAAAGGCACAUCCCAUGCUAAAACCUCAACUGUAAAGAGAAUCAGAGAUGCUCAAAAGAGAAUCACAGCACUUUUCCGUCUUAAAAUUCUAGUGUUAUAAUCAAGCUGACAAACAGCAACAUAGUUACAUGAGAUCACAUAAUAUGUUUCUACCAGCAAAUGGUUUACUGAAACAUUUUAUUUCGUGUAUUUCACAAUGUUUGCAACAGAUUGCAUCUUAACUCAGCUUGAAAAUAGGGUUUAAAGGCCUGGCUAGCACAGCUCCCAUAAAAAUGAGAAUGUGCCUUUUGGUUGUAUGACGCCCGAUCUGUAUUGGCACUGGGAGAUACACCCACUAAUGUGCAGGGAAGGAUCUCGUGUCUCUGAGCUAUUCUCCCUCCUGUUCAACCUCAUCUGUGCCCUUUAAGAAAAAUGCAGUUAACUCAUUCAUAAUCAUUAUCUUUGCCAUCCUGCUACGAUACAAGAAUCAUUUAAAGCCCUAAGAAAUCACCCUACUUUUAAGUACUUAUUAAGUUGAACCGCAACUUAAUGGUGGAGGGGGAGUAGACUCUGUUAAAAGGUAACAGAAUCUGCAACUAUAGGAUUUUUACUUUGGCCCAGUACAGGUCAUUUAUCUGAGUACAGUAGAAAAAGCCAAGUUAAGGAUACCUCUGCUUCACAGUUAUGUGGUUCUGCAUGCCUUUUAGGUGAAGAAAAACACACUUCCAGCAAGUACCACAACAGGGGUUCAGUACCCCAGGGCCAUCAGAUACGUUCUGUCACCUCUGGUCCAUGCUUUAGGGAAAGACGGCUGACCUAUGCGCAACUUGGUGUUUCCUGGAAUGACAAAGGAUUAUCAUCUGUGCCCAGCUGUUAAAACUUAGGUAUUCUGCAUUCUCAUAUUCCCGCUGAACAUGAGCAUUAUGGUCUCUGUAUCAUAAUUCUGGUACAUGCGGGAUUUCAUGGACCAAAUGCCAUCAUACCCAACUUACCAACUAUGAGGCCUACUCUCCAAGAACGGCCUUUACAAUUUGGUCUCAUCAGGUUCUCCGAGUACUUUCUGCUGCUCAAAAAUAAGGACUUCAGUGCUGAGCACAGCUGAGGAAGAAACGUGAUUCUUUAUCCUCUGCUGCAAUUUUUGCUUUGGCACUCUUUUACCAGUUUAAUAAAUUCCCAGAUUCUUGAAGGAAAA